AUGCUGUCUCACGCCGACCUCCUGGACGCCAGGCUAGGUAUGAAAGAUGCCGCUGAGCUUCUGGGCCACCGGGAGGCGGUGAAGUGUAGGCUGGGCGUGGGGGGCUCCGACCCUGGGGGCCAUCCGGGGGACCUAGCGCCCAACUCCGACCCAGUCGAGGGAGCGACUCUGCUGCCCGGGGAGGACAUCACUACAGUGGGCUCUACGCCGGCCUCGCUGGCGGUGAGCGCAAAGGACCCGGACAAACAGCCGGGGCCCCAAGGCGGCCCGAACCCCAGCCAAGCCGGCCAGCAGCAGGGCCAACAGAAGCAGAAGCGCCACCGGACGCGCUUCACGCCCGCGCAGCUCAACGAGUUGGAGAGGAGCUUCGCGAAGACUCACUACCCUGACAUCUUUAUGCGCGAGGAACUGGCGCUGCGUAUCGGGCUGACCGAGUCCCGAGUGCAGGUCUGGUUCCAGAACCGGCGCGCUAAGUGGAAGAAGCGCAAGAAGACCACCAACGUGUUCCGCGCGCCGGGGACGCUGCUGCCCACGCCAGGCCUGCCUCAGUUUCCGUCAGCCGCCGCCGCGGCCGCCGCCGCCAUGGGCGACAGCCUGUGCUCCUUCCACGCCAACGACACCCGCUGGGCGGCGGCCGCCAUGCCGGGCGUGUCACAGCUCCCGCUGCCGCCGGCGCUGGGCAGGCAGCAAGCCAUGGCGCAGUCGCUGUCCCAGUGCAGCCUGGCGGCCGGGCCGCCGCCCAACUCCAUGGGCCUAUCCAACAGCCUGGCGGGCUCCAACGGCGCGGGGCUGCAGUCGCAUCUUUACCAGCCCGCCUUCCCCGGCAUGGUGCCCGCCUCCCUCCCCGGCCCCAGCAACGUCUCCGGCUCGCCCCAGCUCUGCAGCUCCCCGGACAGCAGCGACGUGUGGCGGGGCACGAGCAUCGCCUCCCUCCGCCGCAAGGCGCUAGAGCACACAGUCUCCAUGAGCUUCACUUAA